AUGGAAAAGAGUUAUGUUAAAUAUGCACAUCUGACUCGACACCAGAGAACACACACAGGAGAAAAACCUUAUAGCUGUGGUCAAUGUGGGAAGAGUUUUGUUCAAUCUAGCCAUCUGACUCUACACCAGAGAAUACACACAGGAGAGAAAUCUUAUAGCUGUUGUCAAUGUGGAAAGAGUUUUGCUGCAUCUGGCAGUCUGACUCGACACCAGCGAGUACACACAGGAGAGAAACCAUUCCACUGUUCAGAUUGUGGGAAAAGAUUCUCAACUUCACAGAAUUUGAAGACGCACCAGAGAACACACACAGGAGAGAAACCUUUUAGCUGUGAUCAAUGUGGGAAGAGUUUUACUACAUCUAGCAGUCUGACUCAACACCAGAGAAUACACACAGGAGAGAAACCUUAUAGCUGUGAUCAAUGUGGGAAGAGUUUUUGUCAAUCUAGCCAUCUGACAGUGCACCAGAAAAGACACACAGGAGAGAAACCUUAUAGCUGUACUCAAUGUGGGAAGAGUUUUGUUACAUCUAGCCAGCUCACAUUACACCAGAGAACACACACAGGAGAGAAACCUUAUAGCUGUGGUCAAUGUGGGAAGAGUUUUACUAACUCUAGCAGUCUGACUAAACACCAGAGAAUACACACAGGAGAAAAAUCUUAUAGCUGUGGUCAAUGUGGGAAGAGUUAUGUUAAAUAUGCACAUCUGACUCGACACCAGAGAACACACACAGGAGAAAAACCUUAUAGCUGUGGUCAAUGUGGGAAGAGUUUUGUUCAAUCUAGCCAUCUGACUCUACACCAGAGAAUACACACAGGAGAGAAAUCUUAUAGCUGUUGUCAAUGUGGAAAGAGUUUUGCUGCAUCUGGCAGUCUGACUCGACACCAGAGAAUACACACAGGAGAAAAACCUUAUAGCUGUGGUCAAUGUGGGAAGAGUUUUGUUCAAUCUACAGAUCUGAGAGUGCACCAGAGAAUACACAGAGGAGAGAAACCUCUUAGCUGUGACCAUAGAUAAUCUGAUAAAAGAUCUCUGAUCAAAUAUUAGAAAAUACAUUAAGGAGUUGUUUCAUGAUAUCAAUGAAUUAAUGUCACAAUGUAGAAUGUUUAAACAUUGUAGUAGAAGUAUUUUAAUGAUGUCACAAUGUAGAACCCUAAACGUUUGUCCCCUGUUCUAUUGAUUUCAACAUGAUAUGGAUAUUAGCCUCAGGG